AUGGAGGGAAAUGGUAGAUCGAGGGACGGCACCGAUAGUGCUCCCCUGAGACCAGUGUCUUCCCUUUUGUCUCAUUUCGAGAACCUAUCCCAUCGCCGAGCCCCGUCCGCCUCUCCAAGCGGCCCCCGCGACCCGACCUCGUACCUGAAAUCCCCUGAGCCCGUUGACGACUUUCGUUCGGCCCGCGCCUCUCUGGAUUUGUCUCGUCCGCGGUCUCCUUGGGUCCCCUCUGCAGACUUUCAGAAUGGCCAGGGGACCGAGUAUACAAAUGGCGCUCCGCGUCAACGUGGGGUGUCUUCGGGACGAUCGCCAGGCAGACGGCAAAGCAGACCCAUGUCGAUGAACCUACAUUCUUCGCCGCAACUGGCGCCCACCCUCACAGUCGAUUCGCCGCGAUCCCCUCCACGGGGCUUUGGGACGCAUCCGGACCACAAUGAGGAUAUUCGAACGGCUCGCACGCCACCGAAUGCUCCGCGGGAAUCGUUGCCGCCCAGGCCCAUUGCGCAGGCAAACUCCCUUACUCGCCCGACCACUCCUACCUAUGCAUCGUCGGUGCCGACCGAACAUAGAAUCGCUCACCUGUCUCCAGGCCAUCCAGACUCUGCAGUAUCGACGCGCGACAGUCCGCCAGAGCGACGGUUGAAGAGUGCUUCGUUACCUCCACCCGCUAACCGAGCAGAGAAGCCUAAAAUCCCCGCCAAACCUGCUGGCUUAUCAUUCCAUGAUGGAAAUGGCUUGGCUCCUCGUCAGGAACGUCCCCAUGUAGAGGAUGGGGUAUCUCCCUUCAAUACGCCCCCUGGCAGUCCCGACAAAUCACCACCGAAAGUACCAUCCGCCACAAAGCCGCAGCCGCCGGCUUCCCCUCGACCCGUACCCCCGCCGGUUCGGAGAUCUUUCGACGAAAGGAGACCUCACCCGAAUGCACUUGGCUUGCCGGAGCGGCCACAACCUCGGCGGCCAUCCCCGAGACCUACACGAGACACGAAACCCCUGAUGGUACAAAUUCCGUCGCGGCAAACCUCUCAGCAGGAAACCAUGUCGGCUAUACCACAUACCGCCCAUCGUUUCCAGAGUUUCGACAGCCCUAGAGAGCCCCCGGGCUUGCCCCCGCGGCAGCCGUCGAUAGCACGUCGAGGUGCUCGGUCGCCAGGAGCGCAGCUUGAUCGUUUACGGAGUCCGGUCCAGCCUGAGUGCCCCCCUCGGCCGGAAUUGCGUCCACACCCUACAGGCGAAGUCCAUACCCCGAGACAGCUCCAGCGACAACCGUCGUUUUCGCGUGAGACCAAGCCUGGACCUCCCCCUGCCAUUCCGGAGCGCCCUGUUGUUGAUCGGCCGGUUGUGGAGAGGCAACCUGUGCGUCCAGUUCCGGCCCCGAGCGAGGAUGAGCAGCCCCUCGAUGAGGCCCCCGCUCCCCGGACGGACUACCCAGAUGCGUCUCUCGCUAACCGGCGACCGCCGCUUUUGAAGAAAGGCCCUCAGGAGAUCCCGACGCGCUAUGACACGCGACUCAUGGAUGUGUGCGGGAAGUACGUAUGUACUACUGGUUAUCUGACCCGAGUUUGGGACCUCACGACGGGCGAGCAGAUCAUGACUCUCAGUCAUGGCGAAACCGUCAAGUGUCUGUCGCUAGCUUUUAAACCAGGGAAGGGUCUGGAGGACGAGGGACAGCGACUGUGGCUUGGUACCAGCGCUGGUGAUCUUCACGAGGUUGAUAUUUCGACUCAAUCGAUUGUGGCGUCACGAUCCUAUCCCUCCCGCCGGGAAGUGAUCAAGAUCCAUCGACAUAAGAAGGAGAUGUGGACUUUAGAUGACGAGGGGCGCUUGCUCGUCUGGCCACCAGACGAGUCCGGGACUCCUAAUCUCCAGUAUAGCUACCAUAAUCCCUAUGACCGGGUUGCGCGUGGGCAUACAUUCUCUGUUGUAGUAGGCGAUACGCUGUGGCUGGCAACGGGUCGAGAGGUACAAAUCUAUCGACCCAAUGCACGCGACGAUGUGUCCUUCAAAGUGCUCAAGCGGCCGUUAGGCUCACAGCAUUCCGGAGAGGUAACAUCCGGUGCUUAUACUACCAAAGAUGGCGGCCGUGUGUAUCUGGGACACGCUGAUGGAAAGGUGACUAUAUACUCGGCCCAUGAUUAUACGUGUCUCGGGGUUGUAAAUGUGAGUGUAUACAAGAUCAAUUGCUUAGGUAUUGUCGGGGACUAUCUUUGGGCUGGGUACAAGACAGGCAUGAUCUAUGUGUACGAUACGUCAACCAAUCCGUGGAUGGUGCGGAAGGAUUGGCGGGCUCAUGACAGUCCGGUGUCUGCAUUCCUCCUCGACACCAGCAGCGUGUGGACGAUGAACCGGCUUCAAGUGACUUCGUUAGGAACAGAUAACUGUAUUCGCCUGUGGGACGGCAUGCUGGAGGAUGAUUGGAUGGAAUCCCGGAUGCAAGCUAAGGACGUGGAGUACUGUACCUUCCGGGAGAUCCGCGCGUCAAUUCUGACGUGGAAUGCCGGUGCCUCCACCCCCGGUAGCGCGCGUACAUCGACCUUUAUCCAAGACGCUAUCCAUCCUGAAGACCCUCCUGAGAUUCUAGUCUUUGGCUUCCAGGAACUGGUGGAUCUCGAGAAUAAGAAAAUUACAGCCAAGAGCUUGCUUAUGGGAAGUAAGAAGAAGGAGAGCAGCGAGAAAGAGCAUAUCAGCCGUCAGUACCGCGUGUGGAUGGAGCAUCUAACACGGGUCAUCAACGAGUGCAUGCCCCUUGAAGAGUCGUAUGUGCUUUUGCAUAGCGCGAACAUGAUUGGGCUGUUCACAUGUAUCUUCGUGAAACAUAAAGAGCGACAGCGGAUCAAGGAUCUGAGCGCUGCAGAGGUGAAGCGUGGAAUGGGUGGAUUGCAUGGAAACAAGGGCGCACUUAUCCUCCGCUUCAUUCUGGACGAUAGUUCUCUGUGCUUUGUGAACUGUCAUUUGGCAGCUGGACAGUCGCACACGACACACCGAAACAACGAUAUCGCCGCCAUCCUGGAGUCAGAGGCCCUGCCGGCUGAAACUAGUCUCAUGACUCGCGCGGAUCGUUUUGUCAGUGGCGGAGAUGGAUCAAUGAUCAUGGAUCACGAGAUCUGUAUCUUGAACGGAGACCUGAACUAUCGUAUAGACUCUAUACCACGCAACGUCAUCAUCGAGGACAUUCGCAACAACCGAUUCACCAAGUUGCUCGAGCGAGACCAAUUGCUGGCAUCAAGACGCAAGAACCCAGGUUUCCGUCUGCGAUCUUUCAUCGAGGCUCCGAUCACGUUUGCACCGACAUAUAAGUAUGAUGUGGGCACCGAUGACUACGACACUAGCGACAAGAAACGCUCUCCCGCAUGGUGUGAUCGUGUCCUGUAUCGGGGAAUAGGCCGGGUGAAGCAACUUGAAUACCGACGACACGAAGCCAGAGCCUCUGAUCACCGUCCAGUCAGCGCAUCGUUCAAACUCCGGGUCAAGACCGUCCAACCCAACGAACGCGCCGCAGUCUGGGAAUCCUGCCAGCAGGAGUUCCAGAAGGAAAAGCGCCGACUUGCCUCGGAAGCAAGGCCACUAUUUUGA